GGAGACGCUCCUCCUGCAGGUGACGUCACACUUUAGUCAAACUGUUGAGUUUCUGCAGACGAGGCUGAGUGUGGUAGCGCCGGUCAGAAAGGAUACUUCUUCUUCCGUCGCUUGGUUCGUGGAUUCUCACAAUAUGGAAUAAUGGAAGUGAGAAGAGGGAGAAGAGGAGCGUCGCUGCACGGAACUCCGGAUGUUCGCGACGUCCCCGAGCAAGUCGGACCCUAAAAGAAAGUUACCUCAUCAACCUUUCACAUCAACGGAUGACAAAAAUGCAAUCUUUGGCAUGGAUGAAUGGACAGUACCGACCGGAGGGACCACUUUCCCAACCCCCAAAAGCUGCUUCGCUGAGGAAUCUGCAACGUGGGACUGAAAACCAGUGUAUGACGGCACAAACAGGAGCCCAACCCCCACACAAUGCUAAAGUCACUCAUUACUAUGUAGCUUACUCUCAAAGAAAGCCAUCUGAUGGGCAGAUCACAGCAGAUCAUCAGGCUGUUUCUUUUCAGCAGACAUCUGGAGGGAACAAUUAUCUGCAACCCUCACCAAUUUAUUUACAAAGUGGAAACCCCAGUUUGCAGGUCACUUAUGGAAGUAAGCCAAAUUAUCAUCAGAACGCUGCACAGAAUUUAUCGACCCGGAGUCAACCCAACAUGACACUCGCAUACAUUGUCUGCCCUCAGCAAGACAUUUCACCAAAUGGGAACCAAUCAGUUGUAGUUCACGGGGCAGCAUCAAUAAAGACACAGAAUGGUAGUUUUGUGUCUGAUGGCAUGUUUCAAAACUCCUGUGCACAGUCCAAUAAACCCAUUCUACCAUACACGAUGGCGACCACCUCGCAUCAACCUAGAGAAGUGGCUAGCAAUGGCACAAUGGGGCCUGGUGUACACCACAGACCGACUGCUCAUGAAACCCAUUACAGAGAAAACGGCUCUCGGCAUGGCUUCAACCCACCAUGUACAUCAAACUCAUCAAGUUUACACGUUUACAGACCGAUUCGAAUUUCUCAACAAUACUUGACGCAUAACAAUGGGGGAGAAGCCAGCUCCUCCAUUUACUCAAAUUCAUUGAAUGGGCAGGCUGUGACUAACCUUUCCUUGUCAAAUCCAAAUGAUUCUCCCUCGAAUCCUGCUGCUGAUGCACAUGCACAACAGGAUUUACUCAAACAACGACAAUCGAUUGCAAGAAUUGAGGACUAUCUGCGUAUGCCGACCACUACUGGCUCAGAUGGUCACCUUGACGUGUAUACUAGUUCACUUUAUGGACGCAAGCAGGAUGUCAGCAUGGUCACAAUGAGGAAGUCUAAUCAAAAUAAGCAACCUGUGACAUCUACUGAAAUGUAUAACUCCAAUGUCUCCCAGGAGACACCCCAAAGUUUGAGACCUUCAUCGCCUAAAGCCACUCGCAAUGUUAUGUCAAUACAGCACAGCAUAGAUGUGCAACCUCAGCAAAGCUCCUUACCAAAUGUCCUUCAUGUCUCAGCAAAAAGAGAUAUAAUUGGAAAUGUAAGUCAGGCAGUAUUUAGUACUGAAAACAAUGUUAGCUCUUCAAGUUCUCAACUGAAACACCUCCUUCAGUGCAAUAAAUCACAGAGAAUCGAAAACCAAUCUGUAGAAAAAAAUUGUGACAGGCUUGAAAUGCUCCCAGUGAAGGCAAAUGACAGCUCCAUUUACUCAUCGCCUGGUCGCACCAGAGCUGUUGCUGUUGUGCAACCACUGUUGCAUGAAAGCUACCAGGUUGCCUGCAAACAGAACAGUUCUAACACCACCAGCCAGUUGUCUGAGGGCAAUGAAUCUUUGAGGUACCCAGUAAAACAAGUUAUCUCUCCAAAAACCAAGAAGGUCGGGAAUCCGAAAGUUGUCUUAACCCAGAAACCCCCGAACCAAAUGAGGUCCAACACGCAUGAAAUCAGGCAUUCAGCAACAUCCAAUGAUGGUGCUUUUAUUUCACCGUCCUCUUCAGCAAGGCCUCGAGACUCAUUUCAAAAACCGUUGCAUACAGUUGAUUCAGGAUCUAAACUGGAUAUUGACACGCAAGUACACCAGCGUGUUUCAGCAACUGCCCAACAAUCGGUAACCUUCGAAGCACCAGUGAGCCCAAAUGGUGAUAAAAACAACAGUGAGGUGCCAAUGGAUACAAAGGGUGUAGAACUUUCCUCAGUCCCAACAACACUAUGGAAUUAUGACGCAUUAACUAAGCGCAUACAGGAUUGUGAAAAAGCUCAGGUCGCCUUAAAGAUUUCAAUGAAUACUUUGCACAAAUUAUUCAUCAUGUUUUGGAAUGGCAACUUGAUACAAUUUAAAUCUGAAAUUAUUAUGGGCACCUACACUACUAUAAUGGCUAAUGCUAGACAAUUCUUCAGAGAAAAUGUAGAAAUGGAGUCUGUCAUUCUGUCACAAGUAAAAAGUAGCUUUAAGACACAACUCAAAAACUACCAUGUCCUCAAAGAAAAUGAAGUUUAUUCAGAACUGCCCUACAAGUCGUCAUGGUUGAAUGUCAAUGAGCAGCUUGAUGACAUUGACAAAGAGUUUGACUUCCCGCCCUCUUUGAAGGAUCAUCUUAAGGGGCUCAAGAGUGACGGUCAACUCGACAUUGACAAUGAGACAGACGACAGCAUUCCUGCACAAACCGUAAAGGAGGUGUCAAACAAGAUGUCACCAAAAGAGCUUGACCCGGUUGACCCAAGUGAAGAAAAACAAGACUCCUUGGAUGCAACAACUUCAACACCAAUGGCCUCUCCUAGUAAAACGGAACGUGCUGAUUCCAGUGACCCAUACUCCUUUAAAAUCCAGGUUCUUCCACCUGAAGAUGCCAAAGUUAUUUUCGAGCAAGCACAAAGUAAUCUGCCAGAAAGCAUCGACAUGGACUACCAGCCAGAAAGACUCUUGACUAUCUCUGUGGAGGAGGAGCUACCUAUGGUCAUCGAUCCCACAUUGAGUAACUCAAAACUGGAGGACAAGGCAUUCCUUCCGAUAGCAGAGGUUUGCUGCAUUGAAAGGUUGAAGGAAACAAUUUGUGGGUCAAAGACCACUUCUUUGAGUAAAUGCCAGUGCAAUGUCAUACAAAGUCAUAAAGAUAUCACAGAAAAGACCUGUGUCAAGGAGGUGAUUGCAGUACAGGAGGAAGAUGCGUUCAGGUUUGACGGAAUUCUUCACUCUGCGACAGAAAGAGAGAACAACAGUCCGCUGACGGCAUUUCUUUGGCCUGAGAUAAUCGAUGUAUUCAGUCACACCAUUGACGUUCCUGAAGAUGAUGACACACCUCAAGAUCCAAAGAACAUUUCCCAUAUAAGCAUAGAUAGUAGCGAGUCAAGCAUCAUAUGCUUAAGUGAUGCGGAAGAACAUCUGGCUAGCAGUGACAGUGACAUUCCCAACCAAAUGCCGUACUUUGAAUAUGAUUCCCAACAAGCUCGGGUGAAAUGGACAGAAAGUGGACAGUCAAGCAGUUCACACAAGAAAGAGACCAAUACAAUUUCCACAAAUCUCACUGAAAUUCAGUCAGACCCUGAAGUGGAAUGUGUAUCGGAUCAGUUGAAAGUUACACGAGAUAUGCAUUCAUGGACUUCCGUCAGAAGUGACAACAAAACUGAAGAGCUCGCCAGUGGUGAAAGUGAAGUUGCCAGCCAGAUGACAAAUCUCGAUGAAAAUUGUGGACAAACUGAAUUGUCGGCCACAAAUGUGGAAGAUUCAUCAUUGGAAACUGAAGAGCAACAAACUGUAAUUAGUGCGAUGGGUGCCCGAGAGAAAUCCUGGAGUCGUAAACUAAAGAGACCACGUAGUCCUGGUCGAUCUUUACAGGUCUCGCGGAAAUCAAAGAAAUGCAAAUCCACACAGCCUAUCCUUGAAGGCACUUCAAAACCUCGGAAGGCUUUUAUGAAUGGGACUGAUGGCGAACAUUCACCCUCGGUUGCACAAACUGUAGAACUGUUUCUGUAUGGCUCAACACGCCCAAACAAGUAUGUUUUACGUUCAUCUCCAGAGGCUGCGUCUCAUUCAGGGUCAACGCCUCCAAAAGUGCUCUCUGUGAAUCUCAGUCCCUUGAAGAGAAAGACGAUUAAAACUGUGCGAACAUGGGACUAUUCAGUCAAACAGCUUUACAAAAGAUGGAAGAUUAGUUUACCACCAGCUAAAAGUGGGCGCAGAAAAAAAAAAGCUUGGAAAUGUACUUUUGCCUCGUCAUCUAAGUUGAGAAUCAAGAAAGCUGAUACGAUUGGCCCCGUCGACACUGAAGAGCUGCCAGUUUCUUCUGAAAUGAGGAUCUCGAAUGGAAAAACUAAGCCCUACCGGAAUCUUAGUUGGAGGAGGUCCCUCUCUAAAGAACUCUCAUUUGACGAGGUAAAACGCACCGCCUUGUUCAAGCAGCCCGCUGACCAGGAGAGGACGAACGCUGAAGAUGGAAGCGAAGCUGUCGGGCCUCUCCAGAACAACAAUAUCCUGCAGUUCAGCGUCUUACCCGUUUCCUUUACCUUUGGAUCCAAUGGGAGACAGGAAACUGAGGAUCCUGGACAAGAAACUCCUGAUCUUGUUGAGGGAAAGGACGACAACCACAACAAAAGUGACAACUGCUCCGUAGAUACAUGGUAUUCGAAUGCUGAGAAGCAAUUUCACCCGCCCCCACCCUACGCCUCCAGCCUAUUCCAUGCCUUUCAGAAGACAUACAUGGAUAAGAUGCAGCGUUGUGUGGAUAAAUAACAUGACGGAUGGAAGUUGGUUUGAAACUGACUUAAUAUUGUCUUCAUUUGAGAGAUCUGCUUCCUGAGAUUGUUACAGAAAUGAAUAUCUUUGUGUUUUUGAAGGAUCCCCUGGAAGUUUACAGUUUUGCCAACAGUUACUGAUUCAUAGGGUCACGUGUUGAGUCAGUUUAUACGUACGAUUGUCAGUUGUUUACAUUACACUUUUUAAAAACUGUUUUUAUACGUUUAAUUCAGCUAUCUACAUUUUCUAUUUUUCUACGUUAAGAAUAUUUUCUACCUUUUUUAUCUUUAAGAAUUGAUUGUCUUAGUAAUUUUUCUACAGUUUCUAGAAUUGCAGGUUGUACAUCUGCUCAUGGUUGCUUCAAGAGGUACACAGACAGGUGAAAUCUUUGGUGUAUCGACAUUAGAUGUUGUACUCGAAGGAGGACUUCAAAUAAGAACCACGUGGAGGAGCAUGAACAAGGAUUUGAAGAUGUAUGAAUGAGGAUUGACAGUUGCUCUCAAACAGAUCAUUUUCGAUCUGCAGUAAAUCUUUUCACAUCAAAUGUU